UCUGUGUGUAGGGUGGUGUAAAGUUUUCCAACAAUUUAUAAAAUUUAAAACUUGUAACGAUGUGAAAACGUGUCUGUGUCUUACAUUUGUGUUGUGUUGACUGUUUUCGAUGCUAUUUAUAACUUCAAAUUUUAAUUUCUUUAAGAAAAAUGCUCAUUAUCGAUAUAAAAGACGCCGUCGUCCAUUAAGUCUUCGAAGAAGAAAUAUUUAUAAAAAUCAAAAAUAAAUAAGUAUAUAGGUGUUGAAAAUUAUAAAGUGUUGUUUAUAUUUGUUAAAUCGAUGUUGUUAUAUGAGUAUGUCAUCGAAUUUAUUAAAUAGAAGUGCGUUUAACGAGUGCCGUGUUUAUAUACGACGGAAUGAAUGAAUGAUUCAAUGUUUAUUAGUAAAGAGAGAGAUACCGAGUACAUACACACGACCUUACAACUUAUAGCUCCUAUUAUAAGGUCAAUGGCCAUGCAUUUCUCAGCUUAGAGAUGUCUGCACUCAGUAUGCGUUUAGACUUUCAUAGUAUUCCUACAAAGGGUUGACUAAGUUUUUUCCUCUCCCACUACCACCAAAAAUACGCGGUUGUGAUUCGUAACUUCCAUCCAGAAACCUUAGAUUGUUUAAAUUAGUGUUUUCCUUGUUAAGUUUCAAUUCGUUCUCGUAAUGGAGGUGACUUAAGCUAGUUUCGUUUGUUGUUGAAGUGUGAAAAUGGCUGAGGAUUCGAGUGCGAAUUCGCGACGGCUCAGCCAAAUUUUCGAUCCGCUGUCACGAUUGACCGAAUUGACGAGGUCCUCGCAUUCGACGCCGUCGUCGCCGCGUCUGCUUCCGCGUCGACCUCGAGACGUCACCUCUUCGGCUCUGCCACCGCUGGACGGCUUGGAUUCUGGGCCGAGUCGCGUCGUUGAUCCCGGCAGCGUUAAUUGGCAAGAAAGAUGUCUGGAAUUGCAGUUGGAGUUGCACAGGAGUCGGACGCAGGCCACCAGGACGAGGGAUAUGCUGAGAGAAAAGCUUUCCGAACUGGAGCAGAGGGUUUUGGAAGCGGAAAGUCGGGCGGAAGAGGCGGAAGACAAGGUGCGAAUAAUGGAACAGAAGCUGGCAUGGUCGCAGCAAAGUGACCCGAACAACGUUCAAAUCCAUCGUCUGGAAGGCGAAGUGGAAGAGCAACGACAGUUGCGGCUCCACGACGCUAGGCAAGUCGAAGCGAAAGCGGCUAGAAUUAAAGAAUGGGUGACGAAUAAACUACGCGAACUCGAACAGCAGAAUCAGACUCUGCGAGAACAGAACAUCAAGUGCAAUCAGCAGUUGGAGCUGCUUCGGAACCAUCUGGCGCUGGCUGACAGGAGGAGGUCCGAGAGUUGCUCCCCGGAACCAAGGCAACAUACAUCGACGACUAGCUCUUCCCGAAGCAACCGCCACCGCAGACAUCAGUCGGUCUGUCUGUCUAGCAAUUUCGAACCAGCUGUGCCCAGCACACUGGUCACUAGUGUCAAUUUCGGAACGAGCAAUUCAAGUAUGGACCCUUUAACGGACGAACUGAGAGCCGCUGUUGAUAAUUUGAGCAUAGGCAGGGUUCCCAGCAGCAGCGCCUCAGAUCCGGAUUUGGCACAUGAUUACGCCGAGAUUUACACGCCGAGUCGGGAAAAAGUCCCUUGGCCUAGGGCUCCAACGCCUCCAAUUCACAGGUUUCCAAGUUGGGAAGAUAGGAUUUAUCAGGUGGCAGCAGAUGGAUUGACGUUGACCGGAACCACUCCCAGUGACAUCGGUCCUGAGCAAGCAGGCUACCAAGACAUACCUGUUCCAGUAUAUGCAACGGUGAAGGGUCGGGCAAGUCAAAUUCGGUCUAUGCCAUUCACUGGCGACUCUUCGGACGAUUCUAGUGACGGUGAAGGCAAUAACACAACGGCCGUCGAUGGCACUAAUACACACAGUAGAAGUUCGGGUGAUACUUCCGGUUCUAGUCCGGGAAAACGGACAGCUUCCAGCAGUAGUGGUUCUCCGAGCAAAAGCAAGACGAGAGGUGUUUCAGACACUUCGUUCGAAUCCGGUAUGUCGGAUGACUAUGCCGUACCGCCAGAUGCUCUCAGUUGUGAUACCACUAGUCUAGAGUCGUCGAUGUUGCUUAGAGCGUCCUACUUAGAUAGUCCGAAACGGAUCGAAAGCUUAGAGAAAAGCGGAUCUUUAGCUAAAUUAGGUGGGAAGUUGAAAACUUGGAGAAAGAAGUGGUUCGUCCUCAAAAACGGCGUGCUGACUUACUACAAGAGCCAAAGUGAUAUCAAUCGAAAACCUCAGGGUCAAAUAAUCUUAGAUGAAGUUUGUAAAAUUACGCGAGCUGAAGGAUCAAACACUUUCGAAAUAGAUACAGGGAAAAAGACGUAUUACUUAACGGCAGAUUCGAUUACUGCCAUGGAAGAUUGGGUUAGGAUUCUUCAAAACGUACAACGAAGAAACGCAACUAAAUUAUUACUGAGUAAAGAAGAAAAUAAACCGUCAGUUCAAGGAUGGUUAACGAAAGUGAAAAAUGGUCACGCGAAAAAGUGUUGGUGCGUGCUGAUAGGAAAAAUGUUUUUAUAUUUCAAAUCCCCGACAGACACGACGCCAGCUGGUCAAAUCAAUAUGCGCGACGCGAGGGUGGAAGAAGUUGAACAUUUCUCAGAUUCGGAUUCGGAGGAAAGAGACACGGAACACCCUGAUUUGACAAUCGGUAUAUUUCCGACCAAUCAAGGGCCUACGUAUCUUUUGUGUUUGGGGAAACAAGAGAAAGAUUCGUGGUUGUAUCACUUGACAGUAGCCAGUGGUGGUGGCCCUAGCACCGGUACUCAGUACGAACAACUUAUUCAUAAGCUGAUGGAAGUGGAUGGAGAUUCAAAUUGUGUUUUGUGGAGACAUCCGGUUCUUUUACAUGUGCCUUGUACGAAAGACGGAGCCAUACCUUCAUACUUUCCCCUAACUACUUUGCCAACGGAAAACCUACAGGCCGAAGCCAUCAAACUUUUCAAAUGUCUUCAGUUAUUUAUGUCUGCGGCAGUUGAUCAGGCCGGUAUCGAUUACCAUGUUGUUUUAGCACAAAAUGCGUUACAGCAAUGCUUGGAUAUGCCAGAAUUACAAGCCGAAUUGAUUUGCGCUUUGAUAAAACAAACGAGUAAAAGUUCCCCCUUGCCCAAACUCGGAGUCCAGGUAUCUACACAAAAGUUGCUUAAAAAAAGUCAACUUCUCCUUUGCGCAACCCAAAGUUUAUUCACCUGCGAAACGACACCCAGUAUAAACAGUACUUCUGACCAACAAAUUGCAUCUUCCAAUAUACAGGCGGUCCAAGAAGAAAAAUACAAAGAGCACAAAGAAUGUUACAAGGAACAUAAAGAUCACAAAGGUCCACCCAGUUUUACCUUACUUCAAGGUUGGCAGUUGCUAGCUUUAGCUGUUAGUCUCUUCGUGCCGAAAUCAUCAAGACUGCUUUGGUUUUUGAAGUUACACCUUCAGAGGAACGCUGAUAAUAGAACGGAGUGUGGGAAGUAUGCGGCCUAUUGUGAACGGGCGUUGGAAAGAACCAUACAAACAGGUGGCAGAGAACUAAAGCCGUCUCGGAUGGAAGUCCUAAGUAUCCUGCUCAAGAACCCCCAACACCAUUCGUUGCCACAUUCGAUGCCCGUCCAUCUGCUCAAUGGCACUUAUCACAUCACCAGCUUCGACGGUUCGACAACAAUCAAAGAAUUCCAAGAUAGUUUGGCUCACGAAAUCUGUUGUCGUACCACCAACGGGUUCGCUAUUUUCAGCGACGAUCCCAUCGAAAAAGAUCUAGAACACACCUUAGACGCCAACGCUAAACUAUGUGAUCUAAUAUCAAAAUGGGAAAUAGCCCUUCGUGAAAAAGGCUUAGGCAAAUUCGAGAAUAGCAGGGUGAUUAGGUUAACUUACAAAAACAGGUUGUGGUGGAAAAAUAGUGCUAGGUUAGAAACGGACAAAGAGAGGUUGCUCUUGUGUUACCAGGUCAACAAGCAGAUAGUUUCCGGGCGGUUCCCCUUAAGUAGAGAAUUAGCACUGGAACUGGCAGCACUGAUGGCACAGUUGGAUAUGGGCGACUGCAGUUUCGGCUCGCACAAGAACACUAGUGUAAAUAAUACUUUAAGCAAUCAAGGUACUUCCAACAAACACCAAAGCCCAAAAUCCACGACGAAUGGGACGCUCAGUCCGCCGACUGCCAUUCAAAAUUCUAACACUUUAAGCGCCUUGAACAAUGUCCACGGGAUACUCACGGCUCACUCUAAUCAAGCUCUCAACGCCAUAGACAAGUUCUAUCCGUACAGGUACAGGGAUCAGUUGACGCAAGAUGGUCUGACGGAGUUGCAAGGGAAACUUCUGGAGAAGUGGAGAGGACUUAAGGGAAGAACUCAGCUAGAUUGCGUACGGAUUUACCUUACGUGUACUCGGAAAUGGCCCUUCUUUGGAGCAACCCUUUUCCAGGCUCGUUUGCGCCAACACGACUCCCCCAUGAUCUGGCUGGCAGUAAACGAAGAUUCUAUCACAAUCCUCGAUCUAGCAACGAUGCAGCAACGAGUCCGCUACCCAUACACCAACGUGCUCACCUUCGGCGGUUGCCAAGAAGACUUUAUGUUGGUGGUGACACAAAACGACCAACAACCCUCUCAAAAACUGAUUUUCUCAUUAAGUAAACCAAAAAUACUCGAGCUUACGCUACUCAUAGCCGAUUAUAUGAAUCUCUUAAUCAAUAACCCUGGUACCCCCUUAUUAGGUACGUUAAGUAGAGGAACCAUGGUUUCCGUUAAUCAGUCUGUGGUAAAUCAGUCUAUAAUUAGUCAAGCUAUCGCUAAUCAAACGCAGCCGGAUAUACUCAAGUCGACUCCCGACCACGGAGUUCAAAGAUCCGAUUCCAAGAGGAGAACGCACGUGGAUUCAGGGCUGGCGUGAUGCUGACGUCACAAAAGUUGCGAUAGCUGACGAUUUCAUAAGGUGGUUUCGUUUGUUUGAUUGUGAUUUUAGCUUUUCCUGUGCCAGAUCGAAAUGGGAUCACGGAUUUUUGUAUAUAUGGAGGAUAAUGUGUGUGGAUGUAUAUAGCAAACUCGUUUAUUUAUUUAUUUCGACCGUUAGCAUUUCGAUCGUGUAAAAAUUGCAUUUUUUUUUUUUCGUAAAGUUUAUUUGCAGUUUUGUGUUGACUCCGCUCGAAUAAGGCCUAAUCUUUGUUUAACACUUUUGUAUAACACCGAUGUAAGCCUAAUAAGUGUCAUAUAAUGUAAUAUAUCAAAAUUUUUAAUACUGCUUCAAAUGGAAGAGUGCGCAAAUGUACGUCAAUAUGCUUUAAGUUGGUGACGUUUAUAUGAAGUCUUUCGUAGGAUUUCGUUGAUUUUGUUGUGGUUUCCUAGUCUAUAUAAAAUGUAUGCAUGUUCGACAAUAGUUACCAUUAUGAGAUUUUUUAAAAUGAUAACAAAGAGCACCAACAUUUUUUAAUACGCGAAAAAUUUUGGUGUUUAUUUUCCUGUAAUAAUCAGUCUAAUAAGUGAUAAUUUUCGCAUAUACAUUUGAUAUUAAUGAUCCCUAGGUAUUAUUAAUUUAUUAUUUAUACAUAAAUAAAAGAUUUUAAAUAAA